AUGUGUGAAAUCAACCAACUGGCGGAACAUCAGAAGUCGGUCAACUCAAAAAUUAACAAACAGAUGGCCAACUAUUAUCAGAUGAUGAACAAGUGCAAGGACAUCUACAAACAAUUCGAACUAGUUAAUGCAGAAAAUAUUAUUUUUAAGAAUAUUGGAUUGCGUUUCACAGCCAAAGUCAACGAGUUAACCGGCCAAUGUAAUGUUACAACUACUUCGAUUGACAGCCCUAUAGUCUAUAAUGUUUCUACUUUGAAAGUGAGUCUUAUAUUAUAUACUAUAGUCAGUAGUGGCGUACCCAGGUGGAUAAGGGUGCUUUAGUUUUAAAUACAAAAUAAAAUAAUACAAAAUUAUUCAAUAUUGAAAAAUCAUUUAUAUUAUGUACCUAUAAUAUAUGUAAUCAAAUUCGAUAUGUUGGCUUUUAUAAAAAUCUACAAUUUUAUUUAAAUAUUCAAAUAUAGAUGAAACUUUGCGCUUUUGACCUUCAAAACAAGAGAAAGGUCACUUGUGUGGCUGACACAAGUUUUUGGUAUUAUUGGAAUGAAAAUUGAACUUUUUUGUUGAUUUAUGGUUUACCUUGGUCAAACACAUAUAAAAAAAACAUUUAUUAUUUAAUUUUGUUGUCAUAGUCAAGGAAGUACACAUUUUAAAAGAUAAAUUACUGAACAACAAUAUUAUUUUCUAUGAUAGACAUAAAGGUCACCCUGGAAAUAUCGGACAAUUCAACUAGAAAUUAAUAAAAUUAUUAUUUUAUAAUCAUUGCAUAUUUUCACUACCUACUUAUGCAAGUGAGUUUCAAAUAAUUACACUACAUAAUUAUUAAAAUAAUAAUCAAAAUAAUCAAAAUAUUAUUUUACAUUUUGAGCGAAGCAAGGAAUACACCUAUUGGUUUUUUAGUUUAAUCCUUCCUCUAUUUAAAAAUUCUGGAUACGUCACCACUACAGUAAACCACCCAACCACGUCGUCCAAAUAUUAUUAUAAUUUAUAUAACUCAGUUCGAAAAAUAAAUUUACUGGUUGUAUUACCUGUGUCUAAAAAUUAUACUAGAACUUCUAGUAAGAUAAGUGAUUAUUUUUAAAAAAAGACGGACAUAGUUCAUGAUGGGUGGGCCACUGUUGUAGGUGAGAAAUUGGGAAGGUAAGAUAUAGAGGGGAAUUUAAUUUAUAUCUUUAUGCAACGAUUAAUCACUGCUGACGAACAAUCGGUUCUAAGUGAAGUUUGGUUAUACAUAUUUAAAAGGCCUAAAUAUUUUUGAUUUUCGUCAAAAUUUAAUACAAACAUUUUUAUAAAUAAAAUUCUACAUUCAACUCAACUUUUUCCUGUUACCACUGAAUACAAUUUUACCCAUAAAUUUUAAUAAAUCCCUUUGUCUUUUUUUAUGUUACCGCGGAACGACCGAUCGACGAGAUUGAAAUAUAUAUAUAUAUAUAUAUAUAUAUAUUUAAUUUAUUUGCAAAGUAUACAAAAAAAGCAAUUUAUUUUUUCAAUUUAUCGAUGGAAGGCAUACGAUAUUUGAAAAGUGAGCGUGUAAUAAAAAAAGGUUGAAAACCACUGAGCGUUCCUGCGCCAAAAAUCACCUUUGACUGGAAAAGCCACUCCCGAAUACCUUACCAACUAUUUUUGUAACCCGCCUAAGGUUUUAUACCUAUACGACGUAUAAUCGUAAUAUCUCCCCCUCCCUAUCGUCAAUUUUACACUCUAAUAAUAAAUAAUAAUAUUAUGUUGUAAUACAUUACUAAGGAGAGUUAUAACACGUUAACAAACCAGUUGUACGUGAUCAAGGUACGAGGUGAACAGAUGUCAAGGGAACUCACCGACAUCAACGAUCAAUUGGCGAAGUUGGAUGUUAUGCGAACGUGGCUAACUGAGCGUUGUGAGAAAAUUACGACGUUGAGCGAAGUGGAAGAGAUCAGACAGGACAGGACUGUAGGGGACAUACGGGUGAUUAUGAAGCAGAUGUCGGCCUACUUGAACCGGGUUGAAUCGAGGGUUGACCACGAGCAAUGGAAGAAAAAACUACGGGGAGACGCUCUGCGUCAAAUAAUUAACCGGGCUGUUAACUAUAGUCAAGAAGCAAAGAGAUGCAUAGCCGGAAUAUGCGUGGACAACGAUAGGCUAGCGCACGAGCUACAGAAGAGCAAGAUUAUCGUGGACACAUUGUACUUACGGAUGUCUGAGCUGGACGAACUGCAGGCGUCGCGACCUGCCAAACCGGAUCUCUCAGUCGAACCGAAUCACCAUGUCGUACUAGAUAGUCCCGCCGAACGUGACUGUCCCGGCAUACCAGAUCACUCCAUCGAACUUGACUGCCCCGUUGUGCCUUACUGUCCUAUUGAAACUGACUGCCCCAUCGAAUCUGACCAACUUAGCGAGGACUAUGGAAAAUUGGAAGGGUCACUCCGAAACGAAUGCAAAAUCGCUAACAGGGUCCUGCAGUUGCAUGCAUGUGAUAAUGACGACGAUGCCCACCGACAACAGAGUUCAGCGUCGACCUACGACUCUUCCGUUGAUGAACUACAGUCGUAUUCAGCGUCUAUCGGCGUCUCAUCUUCCGUUGAUGAACUACCAUCGUGGCCGCAUUCGUUGUUGUCAUCGUCCUACGACACCGUCGACAACUGUAAUAACGACUUUAAUAACGACAUGGUAAAACCAUUGAAACCACUUGUGACUCCUGCGGGAUGCCACGUUUUAUCGUUGGACCAGCUCAUUUGUAAAUACGCGAAUUCCAUGGAUAUUAUUAAUAGUUAA